GACGCGUGGAAAAAGACCCAGAGGUGGCGGCCGGGAGGGAGGGGACGGCAGGAAGCCUGCAGCCGUGCCCCGCGCCUGCACCAGCACCGCACAGGCACGGUGAGCCUCGAGCGCUGCACGCAGACGCAGAAAGGAAGAAUAACGGCCUGGUGGUGCAGGCCUGACGGCCCAGCCCUCGGGAGGCUGAGGCAGGAGGGUCACAGAGGUUGAGGCCAGCCUGGGCCGCAACCGCAGAGCCUGCGUCUCCCAGCUCUCCCGUCCUGCCCGCAGAGAGGCUGCUCCCUCCCAACAUCAGCACCGAGUGCAACGGCACCCACGCGCACAUGUCGUGGCCCCCGCCGCGGAGCCAUUUCCAGAGAAACUUUAAGUACGAGCUCCAGACCCGCCAGGGAAGCCGAGGCAGGAAGGCCGCCUCAAACCCCGGGUGCACAGUGAGCUCCCAGGCAGCUGGGCUCCUAGGGGAGGCGCUGUCUUUGGAGACCGAGAGGACGGGAUGGAGGGUCCCAGGAGGCUCUCUGGUCCCCAUACACAGCAUCAGUACGAACGAGUUCCACCUCCCCAACCCCGGGAAGUACACGGUGCGGAUAAGAGCCUGUUACCGGUCCAACCGGUGGACGGCGUGGGGCCCGCUCCGAACCUUUGAGUGUGGCCCGGCGGAGAGCACAUCCACGCGGCUGUGGCGGACGUCCGUGCUGGGGGCUCUGGGGACGCUGGUCCUGGUGGUGCUGGCCGCCCUUCUCUGCAAAAGGUACUCGCUCCCCCUCAAAUAA